AUGGGGAGUGGAGCCAGUGCUGAGGACAAAGAACUGGCCAAGAGGUCCAAAGAGCUAGAAAAGAAGCUGCAGGAGGAUGCUGACAAGGAAGCCAAGACUGUCAAGCUGCUAUUGCUGGGUGCUGGGGAGUCAGGAAAGAGCACUAUCGUCAAACAGAUGAAGAUCAUUCACCAGGAUGGAUAUUCGCCAGAAGAAUGCCUGGAGUACAAGGCCAUCAUCUAUGGCAAUGUGCUGCAAUCCAUCUUGGCUAUCAUCCGGGCCAUGCCCACACUGGGCAUUGACUAUGCUGAAGCAAGCUGUGUGGAUGAUGGGCGACAGCUCAACAACCUGGCUGACUCCAUUGAAGAGGGCACUAUGCCUCCUGAGCUAGUGGAGGUUAUCAGGAAGUUGUGGAAGGAUGGUGGGGUGCAAGCCUGCUUUGACAGAGCUGCAGAGUACCAGCUCAAUGACUCGGCAUCUUACUACCUGAAUCAAUUAGACCGAAUUACAGCCCCUGACUACCUCCCUAAUGAGCAAGAUGUGCUACGAUCCAGAGUCAAAACCACAGGCAUCAUUGAGACUAAGUUUUCUGUCAAGGACUUAAACUUCAGGAUGUUUGAUGUGGGAGGGCAGAGAUCAGAGAGAAAGAAGUGGAUCCACUGCUUUGAGGGAGUCACCUGCAUCAUUUUCUGUGCAGCCCUCAGCGCCUAUGAUAUGGUGCUGGUGGAAGAUGACGAAGUGAAUCGUAUGCAUGAGUCACUGCACCUGUUCAACAGCAUAUGUAACCACAAGUUCUUUGCGGCCACUUCCAUUGUCCUCUUUCUCAACAAGAAGGAUCUCUUUGAGGAAAAAAUCAAGAAAGUCCAUCUCAGCAUUUGUUUUCCAGAGUAUGAUGGGAACAACUCUUAUGAGGAUGCAGGGAAUUAUAUCAAGAGUCAGUUCCUUGACCUCAACAUGAGAAAAGAUGUCAAAGAAAUCUACAGUCACAUGACCUGUGCUACAGAUACACAGAAUGUCAAAUUUGUAUUUGAUGCAGUUACAGAUAUCAUCAUCAAAGAAAACCUCAAGGACUGCGGACUCUUCUAGUUCUCACCAUUCCUCAAGUAUGUUCUGUAAGCAGGCUCCGAAUCUCAGUAAUUUUAAGCAGAAAAUUUUAGGUCAAUAUAUUAUGA